AUGGGGACCCUCCGCGCCGCAGGGCUGGCGCGCGGCCUCGCGCUGUGCUGGGCCUUCUGGGGACUCUGCUGGGCCUCGCCAGACUACGACGAUUAUUCCCUGAACAACACCAACGAGCACCUAACGACGUCGGAGAACACGGCGUGUCCCCGAGCCAUUCCUGCAGAGAAGGUGACGACAGACAACACCACGUACCUGGUGCUGCAUGCGGCGGCCCGCGCGCGGCUGGCCAGCGCGCUCACGGUGCGGCUCGUCCCCUGUCUCUACGCCCUGGUCUUCCUCGUGGGGCUGCCCUCCAAUGGGGUGGCCCUCUGGGUGCUGGCCACGCGGGCUGAGAGGCUCACGUCGACCGUCUUCCUCAUGAACCUGGCGGCCGCGGACCUGCUGCUCGUGCUGGUGCUGCCCUUCAAGAUGUUCUACUAUUUCUCAGGGAACAACUGGCCCUUCGGGGAAGGUCUGUGCCGGCUCACCACGGCUUUCUUCUAUGGGAACAUGUACUGCUCGGUGCUGCUGCUCACGUGCAUCAGCGUGGACCGCUACCUGGCCGUGGUGCAUCCCUUCUUCUCCCGCUCCUUCCGCACGCCGGCCUUUGCCGCCGGCGUCUGCGCGGCCAUCUGGCUCUGCGCCGCUGUCUUCACGCUGCCCCUAAAAAAAACGUCCCCCCUGUACAGGGGGGACGUCACUCUGUGCCACGACGUCCUCCCCCGGCACGAGGACGACGGCUACUACUACUACUACUUCGUCUGCCUCAUCGUGGGCGCCUUCCUCGCGCCGCUGCUGGUGACGCUGCUCAGCUACGGCGCGGUGCUGCGGGCCCUGCUGCGCGCCGGCGCGCGCUACGCGCACUCCGUGAAGCUCACCGCGCUCGUGCUGCUCACGCUCGUGGCCUUCUACACGCCCAGCAACGUCCUCCUCCUCGUGCACUACUCCAGCUCCUGCUCCAGGCUGCACGGCGACCUGUACGUCAGCUACAUGCUGAGCUUGGCCAUCAGCACCUUCAACAGCUGCGCCGACCCCUUCGUCUACUACUACGUUUCUGAGGACUUCCGGGAUAAGGUGAGGAGAAGAUUCUUCAGUCACAGCAAACAAAGCGCCACAUCCCUCAAGACAUCCAAAGAAACACUCCCUCCCAAAAGUUCCAAAGAGUCACUGGUGUGAAGCCUCCACC